UGCUGCAUGUAUAUGUAUGUACAGUAUAUGCAUUUGUGUGUAUGUGUGUGUGUGUGUGUGUAUAUGCACAGGUACAAUGACCAGACAUUAGCCUGUGCAAAAUAUUGCUGUAUUACUGUGCUACUGUCCUGUCAACAGUCUCCUUGAAUUUGAAUUUGAGAGAGAGACAGAGAAAGAGAGAGAGAGAGGAACAGAGAAACACAGAGGGGGGUGAGGAGGUGGAUGAGAUAAGAGAUACAGAGAGAGAGAGAGAGAGAAAGAGAGAGGUGCACAUGUGCACAUGUGAACUCAUAGAGGAAGUGAGCAGAGCACCAGAGCUGAAACUAAUGGACACUAGCAGCAUCUGAACAUGCAGCCACCACCCAGGAAGGUGAAGGAGAGCCAGCAGGUGAAGCUGGUGUUCUCAGAGCAGCUCAGUAAACUGCAGACCAAACAGCACCAGGACACUGAGCUGCUUGAGGAGAUCAGGUCCUUCAGUAAGCACCGGGCAGCAAUAGAGAAGGGGUAUGGUCAGGCUCUUCAGAGGUUAGCUGUUCAGUACCAGAAGAGAGACUGGCAGAGAGGAAACAUAGAUGCUAUCACUUCUGGAAGUGUGUUUGGUGUGUGGCGGUCAAUGGUGGAUGCUGCAGCUCAGACUGCUGAAUCACGACUUGCUGCUGCUGAGGAGUACCGCAGGCUGACAGGACAAGUCUCUAGAAGCUUCCGCAACACAAAGGACAUCCGAGCUAAGAGAGGCCUGGAGCGGCUCCAGAGGGUACAGGGUGAAGUGCUGGAUGCCCUGCGAGAGCUGCACUUGAUCAAAAAGACGUACCAUCGACUCAGCCACAUCGCCAACAUCGCCAGAGAGAAAGCUGCUGAUGCACAGACCAGGGCCAGAAAGAGUGAACAUGGGAUCUUCCACUUUAAAACUGGCCUACUGAAGAUGACUGCUAAGCUCACUGCUAGGUUGAAAGAGUGUGACAACCGUUUGACUGAAGUUCGUAAUGAGUAUCUCCUGGCUUUAGCAGCAGUGAAUGCCCAUCACCAACACUACUAUACCAAUGACUUACCGCAUAUUAUGGAGCAAAUGGAUGGAGACAUUUACGAUGAUCUGAGGAAUCACUUACUCCUGCUGUGUGGGACAGAGCUGGACACCUGUCUGUCCACACAGAAAUUGUACAGCAAGAUAUGGGACAGUGUGGCUAAGGUGACCAGAGAGAAAAACAUCCAGCAGUUUCUACGAGAAUCGGUUUCCUUCAGCAAAACGUUUGAAUUCACCUUCCAACCUGCUCCAUUUGACAAGGUUUGUUCUCUGCAGGAGGUGUAUGUUUCGGAGGCUGGCAGCUGUCUGGUUAAAGAGGCCAAGAAAUGGGUGACGAAAGCUGCCAAAGACUUUAAGAUCCUCACCCAUGGAGAGAGGGCUGUGCAGAUGUUGGAGAGUCGGCUGAAGCUGCUGUCAGGAGAUACAGGGUUCAGUGUGGAGCAGAAGAUAGCAGAGGUGCAGGACAGUGUGCGCAAAGCAAAGCUCAGCAGGGUGAAGGCUGAGGCUCGUCUGGCUCUGCUCUCAGUCAGAGUCACAGGAACUGAACUGUGGCUUCAUGACGCCAUGAGCCAGGCAGAGGAGGAGCUGGAGAGAGAGCGGCGGCUCAGUGAGCAGAGGAGGUCUACUGAGGACUUCUCAGAGGAGGAGUUUGAGUUGACUGACUUUGAGGACUAUGAUGAUGAGAACAGAGAAAUCACAGAUCCGGUGUCAGCCUCAGAAGUGUGUGUCUUUCCUGCAGCCUGCAGAGUCAUCUACAGCUACCAGGCCAACCAAUCAGAUGAGCUGUCAAUCAUGGAAGGGGAAGAGCUUCAGGUGAUUGAAGAUGGAGACAUGGAGGACUGGGUGAAGGUGUGUAACUCCUGUGGACGGAUGGGCUAUGUUCCUGAGCAUUUUGUGCAGUUCCAGUGUCUACCAGCAGAGGGCGGUGCCCAGCUGGACAGCUCCCUCAGCUCCACCUCAUCUUCUGGGAACAAAGCGAGGGCAGGGAGCAGAGGUUUGGCCAGAGCUCUGUACUCCUACCAGGCCCAGAGUGCAGAGGAGCUGUCCUUCCAGGAGGGGGCGCUGAUCCACCUGAUCCGCUAUCGAUAUGGAGAGGUGGACGACGGCUUCUGGGAGGGAGAGCUGAACGGUCGGACCGGAGUCUUUCCGUCGUUAGUAGUGGAGCUUGUACAUAAUGAAGGCGAGAAGGAGGUGAAGCAGGAGGAAGAGCCCCUCCCCACCCCGACCAUGCCCUGGCCCCCCCCCCCAAUCCCCUCCUCUCCUGGCUGUAGUCCACCUCUCAGUGCCACCCCCCCCAGCUGUGUGGACAGGCCCAGAGACAAUACAGCAGAGUCAGGGGGCAGCAGCCACAAGUCUCCAGACCUCUGCAGCAGUCGGCUGAGACCAUGUCGAGCUCCACCUCCUCCUCCAGCUCGGAAGCCUUCACCUCAGCAUUGAGACACCGGCAGAUACACCUUAAUGUGACCAAACUGUUUGUAUCUGUCAUUGUUUUUUUCUUCUGGCCAACUCUGUGAGACUUCUGAUGUAUUAGCUACAUAGAAUAAAUGAUGAUACAUC